AUGGCAGGUAGCUAUUGCCCAACUACAUGCGGCAUUGCAGACUUCUUGAAAUACCACCCUGAUGUGGAUAAGGAGCUGCAAGUCCUUGAAAAUCUCUUGCAGCAGAUCACUAACUCUUCCAUUGUAACAGAACUGAUUCGCCAAAUCCGAAUCCUCAGCCCCCCAGAGAAACAGACUCUGCCAAAUGUGAUUGACGGUUUUACUCAAAACAGGAAAAUAAUUGAUGAAAUUAUCAGAUAUGAAACAGUAUUACGGAACAUGAAAUACUUGACAGAUAUGUUGACGUCAAACACUAUCAAGAUUUCACAACUAAAACAGAAGGCUAAUCAGCUUGCGUCACAAUGUCAGGAGCCAUGCAGAGACACAGUCCAAAUACUGGAAACAACUGGAAGAGAUUGUCAAGACAUUGCAAAUAAAGGUGCCAGACACAGUGGUCUUUACUUCAUCAAACCUGUAAAAGCUAAGCAGCAGUUCCUAGUCUAUUGUGAGAUAGACACAUUUGGCAAUGGAUGGACAGUGUUCCAGAGAAGACUUGAUGGGAGCGUGGACUUCAAGAAAAACUGGGUUCAGUACAAAGAAGGAUUUGGACACCUGUCACCAGAUGACCAGUCAGAGUACUGGCUGGGAAAUGAAAAGAUUCAUUUAAUAACCACUCAGUCAACUAUUCCAUAUGCCUUAAGGAUAGAACUGGAAGACUGGGAGAAUAAAAAAAGUACUGCAGACUAUGCUGUGUUCAAAGUGGGACCGGAAGCAGACAAGUACCGACUGACCUAUGCCUAUUUUGUUGCUGGUGGUGAAGCUGGGGAUGCCUUUGAUGGUUUUGAUUUUGGAGAUGAUCCCAGUGACAAAUUUUUUACAUCUCAUAAUGGCAUGCAGUUCAGUACCUAUGACAAUGACAAUGAUAAAUAUGAUGGCAAUUGUGCUGAACAGGAUGGAGCAGGAUGGUGGAUGAAUAGAUGUCAUGCUAGUAACCUCAAUGGCAAAUAUUAUCAAGGUGGCACUUACUCAGCAAGAGAGGUUGGUCCAUCUAGAUACGACAAUGGGAUUAUCUGGGCAACCUGGCGUUCUCGGUGGUAUUCCAUGAAGAAAACUACAAUGAAAAUCAUCCCAUUCACCAGACUUUCAAUAGGAGAUGGACAGCAGCUCAACUUAGGUGGCUCCAAAAAGGUUGGAGACAUUUAAAGAGACAGUUUAACAAAGAUUUAUCUAGACAGGAAAACAAAAUAUUUUACCUCUGGGACACUGACUUCAUCUAGAC